GUUUCAUUUUUUCAAGUACAUAUUAUUUUUUAAACUUGAUUAUUAAAAUAUGGAAAUGAAAAUUAGGAGAGAAUAGAUCAACAGAUUAGCAGAAACCAGGGCCAAUUUUGGUGAAGAAGUGGCUUGGAGGGCACAGCUGUCUCGAAAUCUGAAGGAGCUUCGCAUCCAUCUCUGUCAAACCUCGCCAUCGAGCAACGCAACCAGUCUGCUAUCUUAAAACAAAACAAAUCCAAAACCACCUUUGCAGUACUGGGCAGGAACUACGCUGCCCUGCAGCCCUUGUGUUGAUCUAGUGCUGCCGCACCAUUCCAGAAAAGAAGUCUGUAAAGAAUUAUAAAGGUGAAUGGCCCUCUAAAUGGCUGACAAUAUAAGUGGCUUUUGUAGACUGUAUUCACAAGCGAUAAAGGAGCAGUGAUACCAAGAAAAACCAUCAUCUAUUUCCAUGGAAGAAUUGAUCCUAGAGCUUUACAAAGUAGAAGCUGUAAAAUUUGGAGAGUUCAAGCUCAAGAGCGGGAUUACAUCCCCCAUAUACAUUGAUCUUAGACUCAUUGUAUCAUAUCCACAUCUUCUCAAGCUGGUUGCAGACACCAUAUGGCAAAAGAUAUAUUUCCUUAAGUUUGAGCUUCUCUGUGGGGUACCCUACACUGCCCUGCCCAUUGCAACAUGCAUGUCCCUCAACCACUCCAUUCCCAUGGUGAUGAGAAGGAAAGAGGUGAAGGACUAUGGCACCAAGAAGUCCAUUGAAGGGAUAUUUACUCCAGGCCAGAGCUGCCUGGUUGUGGAGGACCUGGUCACGAGUGGGGCAUCUGUUCUGGAGACUGUGGAGCCCCUAAAAACCGUGGGUUUGGAUGUCACUGAUGCUGUGGUGCUCAUUGAUAGAGAACAGGGAGGGAGGGAUAAUCUGGCUCAAAAUGGGAUUACGUUGCAUUCUGCCCUUAAGCUUACUGAGAUGGUGAGUGUGCUCGUUAAGAAUGGGAAGCUCUCUUUGGAGGUUGCUGAAUCAGUAAGCAAGUUUUUAGGGGAAAAUCAGACCACGGUGCCAUCGUCCGUUCCUAAUGUUGUAAGGAAAAGGAUUUCUUAUGGCGAGAGGGCUCUUUUGGCUCAAAACCCAACUGGAAAGAGACUUUUUGAGCUCAUGGAGAGAAAGAAGACUAAUCUGUCCUUGGCAGCUGAUGUGUCUACAGCCCAAGAGCUUCUCAGCAUUGCAGAAUCUGUUGGCCCUGAGAUUUGUGUAUUGAAAACACACGUUGACAUAUUAUCGGACUUUACUCCUGAUUUUGGUGCACAACUUAGAGCGAUUGCAGACAAGCACGAUUUUUUAAUUUUUGAAGAUAGGAAGUUUGCUGACAUAGGAAAUACAGUUACCAUGCAAUAUGAAGGAGGAAUUUUCAAGAUUUCGGAGUGGGCGGAUAUUGUUAAUGCACACAUUAUUCCAGGUCCUGCAAUAGUUGAUGGUUUGAAAUUGAAGGGAUUGCCACUUGGAAGGGGUCUACUGUUACUUGCAGAAAUGAGCUCUGCUGGGACUCUUGCAAAGGGUGAAUAUACAAAUGCAGCUGUGAAGAUUGCUUCUGACCAUAAGGAUUUUGUAAUUGGGUUUAUAUCUGUUAAUCCAGCAUCUUGGUCAGCAGUAGGAUCUGGAGAUCCUUCGUUGAUUCAUAUGACUCCAGGAGUACAGCUGAGCACUGGAGGAGAUUCGCUAGGCCAACAAUACAACACCCCUGAUUCUGUUGUUUCGGAAAGGGGUAGUGACAUAAUAAUUGUGGGCCGUGGUAUUGUCAAAGCGAAGGAUAAAGCAGGGGUAGCAAAACAAUACCGAUCUGCAGGGUGGAAUGCAUAUCAAAAGUCUUUGGGUAUAUGAUUCAAUGUGGGUAGUUUUUAAUGCAAUUAACUUGUACUCAAUGAGCCUUCUUCAUAAUAUUUUGGUACUGCCGGUGGAUGCCUUGUUUUUCUGGUACUUAAUUAAAAUAAAAGUUUUUGUUUGAGCUGA